GGUGGCAGCCCGCCGGCUGGCAACUCCCAGCCGCCUCCGCCGCGGCGAAGCCAGCCCUGCCGCCGGCCAGCCCGCCCGCCCGCCAGCCCGCCGCCGCCAUGGGCUCCCCGCAGCACCCGCCGCUCACCCACGUCUUCAGGGGGACCUUCGUGCACUCCGUCCCCUCGGCGCCCAUGGAGAUCCUCCACGGACACCUGCUGGGGGUGGACGAUAGCGGGAAGAUUGUGUUUUUGGAACAAGCUGAUCAGCAAGAGCAACUGGCCAAGAAGUGGGGGUUCAAAACUUGUGACAUAAGAGAACUGAGUAACCAUGAAUUCUUCAUGCCAGGAAUGGUAGAUACACACAUUCAUGCCCCUCAGUAUUCGUUUACUGGUACAAGAGUAGAUCUACCUCUUUUGCAGUGGUUGACUACCUACACAUUCCCAACAGAAGCCAAAUACAAAGACAGUGAUUUUGCUGAAGAAGUGUACACCAGAGUUGUUAGACGAACUCUAAAGAAUGGCACAACUACAGCUUGCUACUUUGCAACAAUUUACACAGAUACUUCUCUCCUUCUUGCUGAAAUUAUAGAUAAAUUUGGUCAACGAGCAUUUGUUGGAAAAGUCUGCAUGGAUGUGAAUGACAGUGUGCCACAAUACAAAGAGAUUACUGCUGACUCUGUCCAAGAAACAGAAAGGUUUGUUAAAGAACUACUGGAAAAGAGAUAUCCAAGGGUACAGCCUAUAAUAACCCCCCGCUUUGGCCCUUCCUGCACAGAGGAUUUGCUGAGUGCACUUGGUGAUUUAGCACAGACUUUUGAUCUCAAUGUGCAGAGCCACAUAAGUGAGAAUGAAGAGGAACUCAAACUUGUGGAGAACAUAUUUCCUGCCUACCAGAAUUACACUGAAUUGUAUGAUAAAAACAAGCUGCUUACCAGCAAGACGGUGAUGGCUCAUGCCUGUUAUCUGUCUGAAGAAGAGCUGAAACUUUUUAAUCUUCGUGGAGCUGCGAUUUCACAUUGCCCCAAUUCUAAUCUUUCGCUUUGUAGCGGUUUGUUAAAUGUGCAAAAGGUCCUGAAACACAACGUGAAGAUUGGCCUUGGCACAGAUGUUGCUGGUGGAUAUUCAGCUUCUAUGCUUGAUGCCAUAAGGAAAACAAUGAUGGCAUCUAACAUCCUUCAGAUCAAGAAAGUGAAUGAAAAAGGACUAACUCUUGAAGAAGCUUUUCAACUAGCCACUCUAGGAGGAAGCCAGGCUCUAGGACUAGAUGACGUGAUUGGAAACUUUGAAGUUGGCAAAGAAUUUGAUGCACUGCUAAUCAACACGAAGGCUUCAGACAGCCCUUUCGACUUGUUCUCUGCUGAUAAUUUUGAGGACACUGUCCAGAAGUUCCUGUAUCUAGGUGAUGAUCGGAAUAUUUCUGAAGUAUAUGUGGCUGGAAAGCAAGUGGUUCCUUUUUCGAGUUCAGUGUAAAUCCAUUUCUCUUUUGCAAAAUACUCUGCUGAUCAUUCUGCAUCUGAAUUGGAAAAGAUUGAUUAAACACAGUGCCUGAUUGUCAGGAAUGACAUCUUGAUUUUGUUUAAUGUUUUAAAACUUGCAAAUAUUAGAAAUUUUGUUAGAACUUUCAAGAAUUACUUUACCAAAAUUGUCACAGUUCUAGAGGAAAUGGAUAUUUAAAUUUAUCUGUAAAAAUAGCAUGUGUGCAUGAAUAAGGGAUUUGGUAAAUACCUUAGUUAAAGAAGACACCUGCUGUUCCUUUUAGUAAUACUGUAGGAAGCAUUAUGAAGAGCAGUGAGACUCUCAUUUUCUAUAUUGCAUCUGAAUUUUAAAAAAGCCAGUGCUAGUAAAUUGAUUUUGCAAAUAAUAUCAGAUAAUCAGAUAAUUAUCACCAAGUAUGGAAAAAUCAGUGACAAUUUGGGGCAUUUAGAACAUUUUUUAAGUUUUAUUUAGGAGCUUAUUUUUUUAAAGUAAUUAUUUCAUUGAAAACAUUAUUUUUUUAAGAAAAAUUAGAUAAGGAGUGUGUGUUUAUAAAUAAAUAAAUAAGAGUCCUUAUUAUCAAAGAGUUCAAAUUUUCAUUUGUAGUCAGACAGAAGAGAACUGGUGGAAGAAUCAAGUAAGAAAUGAGGCAUUUGUCACAGGGAGAAGGGCUGGGAGAGCAGAAGGGCUGCAUUGUUCUAUGAUGCUGUCAGCUGAAACUGUUUUUCUGCAGAUUUUGUUCCUAAGUCUAAAAGUGGUCUGCCUGAUCUUCCACCCACUGCAUUGGAUUACCUUCAGGUGAGCAACAGCUGAAUGAAGUUUGUGUUAAAUUAGAAGCAGGCACUAAGAUAUCUGAGCAGGCUACUUGAGGGCAAGCAAAUGAAGAGUGUUUUCUGAACUAGAGAGUGUGCUUCAUCUAGUUCAGCCUCCUGCAGAACCUUCCUGAGCUCAUGUGCUCCUCACUAUUCAGACAGGAUAAUACAAUGUCCCUUCUUUCUGUAAGGGAAGUGAGUGGGUUUAAAACAAAUCCAAGAGCAAUGGUCUAUUUCUGGCCAUUACCACCUUUGACUUGAGCUGGAAAUUGUCACUGGAAAAAGCAGCUCAGCUUUAACGUGCUCUUCUGUCUUUCAAUGUGACAACCAUCAUUCCAGCCCUGUACAAGUCCAGGUGAAAAGUGUGCCCUUUUUUGCCUUGGAAAUCUGUGAGACUUCCUAUCUUAGAAAGCAUAUUUCCCUAUUUUUUUCUCAGAGACUUUUUUUUUUUUGGUGGUGAGAUUAGUUUAAGGAGGAGGUUGCUUCUUGUUUCUUUAUUAUGUUUUUGCAGCACAAAGAAUGUAAGCUUUAAUUUCAAUGUCCAUAGAGACAAUAUUGUAUUGAGUUACCAUAAACAUGUGUUGAAUAUGGUUUUAAGGCCUGCUUCAAACUCCUUUGAUUUCACUAAGCUUUGUUUCACACUUAUAUCUCACUGCUUGGCCAUACAAAGGCACAGGACUUCCCUCUGUUUACAAAACAAGGGAAGUCACUCCACCAAAGUCUCACUUCAUGUCUGCUUCUGAGACAGGGCUUGGCCUAAUGUUGCUGAUAACUUUCUGAUUUUACAAGUGUUUUCAGAGCUUACAUACCAUUAUGAUUACACCUACAUGAGACAGUAUAGUGUCAAAUGGAAGUGUAAAAGCUAGCUUGGGCACUUAAACUAACACAGUGCACUUUUUUGCUAAAGCUGAGAAGCCCUACAGAAGAGCAGGGGAUAUUGGCUUUCAGACACCACCUGAGUUCACCUGCGUGGCAUGUUCAGUGAAAGCUAGCUCAGGUAUCUUCACACGGCACUGCACUGUGCGUGUGCUUGCAGAGGUUAAGCCUUUGUACCCAUUAUGUUCAAUGAUUCCUAAGUCUUUAGGAGUCGAGAUUUAAGAAUUAAGAUUUCCACGUUCCAUCAGGGUGUUUUCUUAACCAUUUUGUUUUUCAUUUGGACCAAUCACCUACACAGCAGCACACUUGCACUUGCUUGGCAAAUACAAUAUUCAGCUAUUUAAUUUUGUUUCCUGAUUCAGGGAGCAUUUUUCCUCAUGAAUUUUGACAUAAAUUUAAUUGAGCAUAUUUCACGUUCCAAAACCAAAGAUCUGUGAGACACAUUUUUAAUCUUCCCAGCUACUGCUUGAAACUAUUUUUAGGGAGUUGCAUUGUUUUCAGCUUUAGCUUUCCUGCAAGAAGGUUUUCUGGGGCGGAGAAAGAUUACACAGCCUUGUGUACAAUGUAUGUUUGUGCCCUACUUCUUCACUUCCAGAGCUAUGAAUUAAAUCAAUGCUUUUAUUUUAAUGGUAGUCUAAACUGUCUCUGACUUAAUUCCUUUCCUUCUGUUUGUAGUGUUGUUAAGAAUGGGAUUCAGCAUUUCUUCUUAAAAGAUUUACAGGGGAGGAGGGGUUGCUUAUUUGCAAACUGGGAAUACAGAGGAUUUUUACAAGUUCAACACUAUACUGCCAGCCCAGUUACAAAGGGACUAGUUAGGAUAACUGCUGCCAGUGAGCUUGGUAUCUGAAGCUGCAGAUAUUGGCUGCGCCACGAGCAGUUUCAUUCUUGUUAAAUUCAGGCACAAGGUAAGAACUCAGUCUUUUGCAUGAGCUUUAUUAGUGGCUAGUACCCAGACUUAGAAAGGGAGAACCAACUUUUUAAGAAUCUCAGCUGAAGGAGCGGGUCUGCCUGCAGGUGGGGCUGUGGGCUGCCUGCACCACCCUGCAAUGCCCAAGACUGGGAGGAGGAGCAACAACCAAGAUGGAUAGCAUUACACUAAAUAUUGUGGUGCUUAGGGGUAAAUGAAAGAAGCCUAAGUUUGAUGUGAGAGGAAGCCAGUGGAGGAAUUAAUAUAACAAAUAAACUGGGAGGUACUUUAAACAUCAGCAUCUUAAAUAUAAUUGAAUGGAGAAAGGCUGUAAAUCCAGGUUGAAGUGAGGUAGUCCCAAAAGCUUGUUCUCUGGCUUAUGUGAGAUUGCCAAGAUACUUGAUGCAGUAGGGGAGGAUCAGUAGAGGAAAGCAGUUACUGCUGAGACUUGUACAUCUACGCUAUAUGCGGCUUAAGACUACAUAUAAUCUAAUUCCUUGGAUAAAUGUCCCCACUGCAUAUGCAGUUUGAAGCAGGCCAGAUUAUUGGUUCAGACUCUUAAUGUCCUUUUAGAGGCUGGAGUAUAUUUGGCAUGCAACUGAGCUUACAGUGUAGUUUCCUCCAAAAAAUAACUUAAUCCUUGUGCACCAAAACUACCCUGCAAACUGAACCAAGGUUCAGUAAGGGAGGAUGGUUAGGAAUUCACUUCAGAACAGCACUCUUGCCUCAAACGAAAAUGCUAAUGGUAGCUAGAACUAUUGCCCCUCCAUCCUCAUCGUCACAAAACUUAGUAGCUGAAGACAAACUAAAGCAACCUCCUUCUCCCUUUCUCCCUCUUCCCCUCUGGGGGGGGGGGGG